GCUUGGGCACAUCCGGAAGUGAAAACGACUCAAAACAUCGUUUUUUCCGUGCUCGCAACAGCGCCGUGCAUUAUACGCAGACUGGCACUUUGGACCUCAGUUUCAUCCGUCUAGGAUAUGCCUGGUAAACGGUGCCAAUGAAGAAAUUGCGUAGAAAACAUUAAAAGUCCGGGGCUAAGGGUAAUAGCAGAUUCAUUUAUACGCCUAUACGUCCAAGCAAAGGAGACAAGCUAAGUCAACGCUCACCUUAGGACUAGAUAAAGUAGUGGGUCGCUGGGAAGCUGGUGCCCAUCUCCAGCAGUCUAUCGUUGGGAGGAGGGGUACAUCCUGGACAGGUCGCCAGUCCAAAGAGUGGAGCCUAUGAGACGGUGAAUCAUGAGACUGACAGGCCCCCUGCGAGGUGUGGUGGUGCUGCUGCUCCUGGUGGGCUUCACCUGGCUGCUCGCGAGCGCAUUAUUCGGAGGAGAGAGCAGUUUAUCGGUGCGAAACAUCUUCACUGGAACAAGAGAGGAACCAACUCAGUCUGAAAUGCGUCCCCGGAAGUACAAAUGUGGACUUUCAGCCCCGUGUCCUCCAAAGCAUUUGGCUUUCCGUCUGGUAUCUGGAUCUGCGAACGUCAUUGGCCCUAAAAUCUGCUUGGAGGAUAAGAUGUUGGUGAGCAGUGUGAAAAACAAUGUCGGCAGGGGACUCAACAUAGCUUUGGUGAACGGGGUGACAGGCGAGCUGUUAGAGACAAGAACGUUUGAUAUGUGGGCAGGAGAUGUGUCACAUUUAUUGAAGUUUCUACGGCCCCUUCAUGAAGGAACCCUUGUGUUUGUCGCUUCUUUUGACGAUGCUGCUACAAAACUGAAUGAUGAGUCUAGACGACUGUUUGAGGAGCUCGGAAGCACAGCUGUGAAGGAGCUGGCCUUUAGAGACAGCUGGGUGUUUGUUGGAGCCAAGGGCAUAGAGAAUAAGAGCCCCUUUGAACAGCGUAUGAAGAACAGUAAGAGCAGCAACAAGUAUGAAGGCUGGCCCGAAUCCCUGGAGAUGGACGGUUGUAUACCCAUGCGGCCGUCCCUGCAAGGUUAAUUCUGCUUCUUCUAGUCUCUCAGACGUCACGGCAACGCCAGCAGUCUCAGCAGGGAAACGAAGUGACUGUUAAAAGGCCAAGGAGCUUCUAAAUACCUGAAACACUUCUCAGGAUGCACAAGUAAUAUUUUGUUUCCCCUGAUUUGGACAAAGGUGUGAACUGAAUGUACAGAUUAUUUUUGAGCUGGAACCAGUUUGUACAGGAUCUUCAGAAUAAGCUUUCUGAGCUUCUUUGGAGCUGAAGACCUGUUCUAGAAAUAAUGAAAAUUAUAUCAAGGUAUGGGAAUCUUGACAUAAUUGAUGGAUCUUCAAAGUGUGUAUAUUAUAGCUUGAUUGAAACUUCCAAAGGCCCUAUAGAUAAAUAUAAAUUACCUGUAGAGUGUGCAUUCUGAGCAUCAGAACUCAGUUGAAUAUAUGCAUAUUAGGAUAUAAAAAGAUCUAACUGAUUUCUAAUCAUCAAAAGCAGCGUGGGAGUACUCUGUGAUUAGCAUGGGCUCUGUGGUUAGAUUUAAUGUUUGAAGUGUCAUAAUGUAAUACAUAUUCUAAUUGAGCGGUUCUGCCUAGCAUUAACUGCCAUAAUGUCAAUAGAACUUGAUGCAGCAGUUGUUGCCUAUGUGUUUACACAUUUGUUUUGCCUUAAGACAUAUAAAUAGAAUAAAACUAUUUAUUUUCAGUUUUUCUUUACAAAAGACAAGAAGUUUAAAUUUAAGUUCUUCUUAAGUGGUUUUGUAGUCUCAGGUCUGCAAAUGCGUGCGUUUCAAGAUUAUUGUGGGUGGUUAAGUGUUUUUGAUUUUUCCGUUGGAAAUGAAUGGCAUCUUGGCAUCUUGCAAGUCUGGUAAAGAGAAAAAUGUGAAUAAUAAACACAUUUCACUGUUUGACUAGAAACACUCUGCCUGCAUCUAACUUUGUGUAAAUGUCGUUUUCUAAGAAAACAGUUUGUUUUGCACUUUGACAACAAUAAUGAAGAAUAAAAAAUAUCUGUAUUUGUC